AUGGCCCCUUGUGGGAACCACAGUGAGGGGACCACAGAGUUUGUCCUGGCAGGUUUCCCAAAUCUUAACAGCACAGGAGUGGAACUGUUUUCUACGUUCUUUCUUAUUUACCUGUUGACUCUAACGGGCAACGUGUUGAUUGUGGGGGUGGUAGGAGCUGAUCAUCGUCUGCAGACGCCCAUGUAUUUCUUCCUGGGUAACCUGUCCUGCCUAGAGAUUCUGAUCACCUCUGUCAUCAUUCCUAAGAUGCUGAGCAAUUUCCUCUCAAAACAACACACCAUUUCCUUUGCUGCAUGCAUUGCCCAGUUUUAUUUCUACUUCUUUCUCGGGGCCUCUGAGUUCCUCCUGCUGGCUGUCAUGUCUGUGGACCGCUACCUGGCCAUCUGUCGUCCUCUGCACUACCCCUUGCUCAUGAGCGGAGCCGUGUGCUUUCGUGUGGCCUCCGCCUGCUGGGUGGGGGGACUCCUCUCCGUGCUUGGCCCCACAGUGACAGUGGCCCUACUUCCUUUCUGCAAACAGGGCGCUGUGAUACAGCAUUUCUUCUGUGACAGUGGCCCGUUGCUACACCUGGCAUGUACCAACACUACGAAACUGGAGGAGACUGACUUUAUCCUCGCCUUUCUUGUCAUUGUGUCCUCGCUCACUAUUACGGCGGCAUCCUAUGGCCAGAUCGUCCUGGCCGUCCUGCGCAUUCCUUCCGCGUCAGGCCGGCAGAAGGCCUUCUCCACCUGUACCUCCCACUUGAUGGUGGUAACCCUCUUCUAUGGGAGUGCCAUUUUUCUCUAUGUACGGCCAUCACAGAGUGGCUCCGUGGACACUAACUGGUCAGUGACGGUGGUAACAACAUUUGUGACUCCCCUGCUGAAUCCGUUUAUCUAUGCCUUGCGCAACGAUCGAGUCAAGGAAGCACUGAAAGACAUGCUCAGAAAGGUAGUAGCAGAGUUUUCCGACAACUCUUUGCUUCCAGAAAGUCCAAGGAAGAAGACAGUAAGUUGAAAGUAGAGGGACUCCGUCUCAGAUUCACACAGCUCCACUGCCAGCCCUUCCUUCAUCUGGCCCAUCAUGAAAGCACCCACAGUGAGCUUCAAAGAUACCAACUCUAAAUUCCUUUUUCACGUGAAAUGUGUUGACUCUGCCUUAU